CAAGCAGCCAGUAGUGGCAGCUGAUAGCACCUGAGGCUACUCCAUAGCUUUAAUGAUCACUGGUCUUUGGUCUGACCCGAGCACUGUGUUCACUGUCCGCAUGCCAAAUAUGUUAAGGACCUAACCUUUUUCCUUUGUAUGGCCAAAGAUAGUCCGGGGGUUUUCCUGAUUGACAAAGCCCCGGAGGAGACACUUUGCGGGGCGUUGUGCUGUGCGCCGAGUCACUCUCCGGGAACCUGGAGAAGCAGCACCGCCCUGUGGACAUAAAUCAUCAUGACAGGAGUUUGUGGUUGCUGUGGGGCACUCAGGCCCAGGUACAAGCGGCUCGUAGACAACAUUUUCCCAGAAGACCCAGAGGAUGGGUUAGUCAAAGCCAACAUGGAGAAGCUGACAUUCUACGCCCUGUCAGCUCCGGAGAAACUGGACCGUAUCGGGGCGUACCUGUCUGAGAGAUUGUCCAGGGACGUGGCUCGGCACAGAUACGGAUAUGUGUGCAUAGCCAUGGAGGCUCUGGACCAGCUGCUAAUGGCCUGUCACUGCCAGAGCAUCAACUUGUUCGUGGAAAGUUUCCUCAAAAUGGUCCGAAAGCUUUUAGAGUCAGACAAGCCCAGUCUGCAAAUCCUAGGAACCAAUUCGUUUGUGAAGUUUGCCAACAUAGAAGAGGACACGCCUUCAUACCACCGCAGCUAUGACUUCUUUGUGUCGCGUUUCAGUGAAAUGUGUCACUCCAGUUUUGAGGACCCUGAUAUCCGCACAAACAUUCGAAUGGCUGGAAUCAGAGGUCUACAAGGCGUAGUGAGGAAGACUGUAAAUGACGAACUCCAGGCGAAUAUCUGGGACCCACAGCACAUGGACAAAAUAGUGCCAUCUCUUCUGUUCAACCUGCAGAGUGGAGAGCGUACAGAGAGCCGCUCCCCCUCUCCACUGCAGGCGUCCGAGAAGGAGAAGGAAAGCCCGGUGGAGCUGACAGAACGCUGCUUCAGAGAGUUACUGGGACGGGCUGCGUAUGGCAACAUCAAGAACGCCGUCAACCCCGUGCUCACGCACUUGGAUAACCACUGUCUAUGGGAGGGGAAGACAUUUGCAGUGCGCUGCUUUAAAAUAAUCAUGUACUCCAUCCAGUCACAGCACUCACACUUGGUCAUUCAGCAGCUCCUGGGUCACCUGGACGCCAACAGUAAGAACUCUGCCACGGUGCGGGCCGGGAUCGUGGAGGUUCUACUGGAGGCCGCUGCCAUCGCCGCCAGUGGCUCUGUGGGGCCCACCGUGCUGGAGGUCUUCAACACCCUCUUGAGGCAGCUCCGUCUCAGCGUGGAUUAUGAACUGACCGGGACGUACGACGGCAACACCAACAUCGGCACCAAGAUCAUCAAAGCUCACGAGGAGAGGCAGCUCCAGGAGGCAGUCAUUCGGACCAUUGGCUCUUUUGCCAAUACAUUACCAACAUACCAGAGGUCAGAGGUUAUGCUUUUUAUUUUGGGCAAGAUCCCUGGACUUCACCCUACGCUGCCCCCUGCUGGCUCUGGACCUGAUGGCACUAGAAUGAUUCAGGUUAUGUUGCUCAAGUCUUUAGUGCAGGUAACAGCUGGUUAUGAGACUACCAACAUGCUCACUGCUAUGCCCAGCUCGUUCCUGGAGCCGCUGUUGUCCCUGUCUCUCACUGAGGACCCCGAGGUGCGGCUAUUGGUGCUGCAAAUCCUGCUUAGCCUCAUCGACAGACACAGUAACAGGCCCAAGUUCUCUGAUAUCAGUAUCAUCUCCGACAUCUCUGUGCUCAAACUCAAAGUGGACAAGUGUUCCCGACAGGACAACUUGUUCAUGAAAAAGCAUGGGCAGCAGCUUUACCGACACAUCUACUUGGGCUGUAAAGAGCAGAGCAGUGGACGGGAGCAUUACCAGACCCUCUUCACUCUGCUGGCUCUGCUCAGUGUGGAGCUGGCCAAUGAGGAGGUCGUGGUGGACCUUAUUCGACUCUCACUCGCCUUACAGGACCUAGCUCUGUCUAAUGAUGAGGGGAUGCCUGUUUAUAACCGCUGUGCUGUUCACGCCCUUGUGGCCGCCUACCUCAACCUCAUCUGUCAGCUCACCACUGUCCCCGCAUUCUGCCAACACAUACAUGAGGUAAUUGAGGUGAGGCAAAAGGAAAGCCCCCAUCUCUUACCGGAGGAUGUAUUCAUUGACAAACCCAAGCUACCCUCUUCACUGGAGAAAGUGGAGACCGACGUUUUGUUCCUUCAAUCCAAAAUCACUGAGGUUCUUGGAGGCAGUGGCUACAAUACAGAGCGACUGGGUACUCCUUAUGUGCCUCAGUACACAGAUGAAGACCGUCUGUCAAAGAGGAAGAGUAUUGGGGAAACAAUUUCACUGCAGGUUGAAGUGGAGUCACGGAAUAGCCCAGAGAAAGAAGAGAGAACACCAGCAGAAGAAAUCACAUUUGAGACACUCAAGAAUGCUAUUGUGGACAGUGUUGGGAUGGAGGAACAGGAGAGGGAGCGUCGGAGACAAGUUGUGGAGAAGUUUCAGAAAGCUCCUUUUGAAGAGAUAGCGGCUCACUGCGGUGCCAGAGCCACAAUGCUGCAGAGCAAACUUAACCAGAUCUUUGAGAUUACAAUCAGACCACCUCCAAGCCCAUCUGGAACCAUUUCAUCUGGUUAUGGCCAAACACAGAGUCGUUCCAUUCCCAUAUAUGAAAUGAAGUUCCCUGACCUUUGUGUGUAUUAGACAAAAAAAACAAACAUCCAAAGUAUAUGACCUACACGGCAGACAAGCCCAGGAAAACAAUAGUGUCGAUGGGUCAGGGCAGUGGUUGUCACAAGAUUUGUUUUUCAUUUUGUAUUUACUUAAUCUAAUUUUCUUAAAUUCAGUUAUAAAUAACUGGUACACAGUGUAAAAUAUGUGAAGCAUUCAUUGAUUUUAAUUGUGAUGAUACUUCUUGAGGUUUACAGAAAAUAUCUUAAAUUUAAUGUUAUCAUAGAAUUAAUCUGGAUCAUCCCAAUUAAAAUACAUGCUUGAAAUAUUUUACUUAUUAAAUAAGUUUUUAAGCCUUUUUUUAAUUAAAAACAUUACAACUGUUCUAUAUUUAUUUCCUUAGAUGCACCUACAUGUUAAACAGAAACAACAAACCCUUUUAAUACCAUGACAUCUGAAGAUUUACUUGCAUUUAUUAUAUUUCAUUUCUUUUUAUCUUUUACCAUUUUAAAUUGACUGAACAUGCCCUGCAGACAAAAAGUAUUGUAAGCACUGAUCUUGAUUUUUCUAGGAUCUAAAAUGAUGCCAUACUAUGUCUCAAAUACCUUUUUAUGUGUUACAGUGUUUGUACUUUUUUACGUUUUUAUAUGUGUUAAUGUAUUUCUCUGCACUGUGCAUUAAUUUCAAGCUUGGGCACGUGUUUUUAACUCUUAAGUUUAUUAUUUGCCUUUUAGACUCAUUCAGAAGUGCUUUUAUUGGUAAUAUUUGUUUCUUUCCUUUCAUAGUUACUACAUGUUACAGUUAAAAGUUACUUAUUUUCCCACUUCCAUGAAAAUGUGUAUAUACAAAGAAAUAUAUGAAUUCUAGAGCUGAUGUACAGAGCUGUUUUGCGUGUAUAUGCGUAUUGUAUAUUAGCUAUCACUUUAGACUGCCACUGCAUUAAGUAUUUUUAUUUAAAUUUAUUUAAAUCGAACCAGCAACCAAUGAUAUGAUCAAAUUUAGUCAAAGAUAGAUUAGUUGUUGAAAAGCACAGAUAGACACGUCAUCUCCUGCUUAAAUGCUUAUUUUCUACAAAAAGCUAUCUCCGUAGUGUGAGUCCAGGUCUAUGCACUAUCAUUUUGACCUGUAGAGUUCCCAUAUUACACACUGGAUUAACUUUGCACUCUUCUCUUCUUCUUAUGCCAAACUGCUGCUGCAGCUUCAGACAGUGCAUUGUUCUGCAGAUUCAGGCCCAAAGCCAUUUACUUGUGUGUCUUUUUCCACACACACUCACAGGUAUGAAAACUAAGUAUGAUGGCAAUAAUUUAGCCUGUCUCUUGUAUAGAAGUAGUGGACACUGUCUAAAAUGUGUCUUUCUGUUCAAAUGCUGGUCAUGAUCAAAGACUCUUCUGUGAAAUACUGCAUUGGCUGUGACAUUUGAAGUCAGUGAAAUGAUCCGAUGUGUCCCUGAUAUCUCCUUUAUAACACUUUUUCUUUCAUUUUCUUACAUGUUUGUGAGUAUUUGUCAUGUGCGAUGUCCUCUGUCAGUGCAGGUGUGUGUCGGACUGUGGAUGGUUUGUCCAAAUGUGUCAAAAUCCAACUACACUUUAAAACUUACUUUUCAUGUGAUCCAGGACCAAGUGAACAAAGAGCCUUGUGCAGCUUUGCAUUCACACGUAAUGUUUGCUCGAAACUCUAACAACUUGUCAAUAAAUCUGUGUGUCUGCCUGUUGUCAUUGCAUAGUGUAAUGUAAUGGUGAGAGGUAAUCCCUCCUUAUUUUGUCCUCACAAGUGCAAACUACAAAACUGUCUGUUGUGUGAUUUAGGUCAUACUUCUGUGAAAUUUGCACUUUAAAAACUGGAUACACUUCGGACAAAGGCAGCUUUGAUGAAGAGAAAAUGCCUUAUGAGUGUCAUACUCGACUGUGCAUGCUCUGUUGCCCUGUUGAACAAUAAAUGGAGAAGAUUGA